AUGGCAAAAAGGAUUGUAGAGCCUUUUCGAAUUAAAGUGGUUGAGAUCAUCAGAAUUCCAACGAGAAAAGAACGUGAGGCAGAAUUAAAAAAAGCUGGUUACAACCUAAUCUCAUUACCAAGUAGUGCAGUGUACAUUGAUUUGCUAACAGAUUCCGGUACUAAUGCCAUGAGUGACCAUCAAUGGGCUGCUCUAAUCAGAGGAGAUGAAUCUUACGCUGGCUCUAGGAACUAUUAUGACUUAAUAAAUAAAGUGAAAGAGUUAUUUGAUUAUAACUUUGUUAUACCUACACACCAAGGACGAGGAGCAGAAAACGUUCUGUUUCCAGCUUUAUUAAAAUACAAACAACAGACGUAUAAGGUCGAAAAUCCAGUAUUUAUUUCCAACUUUCAUUUUGAUACAACAGCUGCUCAUGUCGAACUAAACGGUUGCAAGGCGAUUAACGUCAUCACAAAGAAAGCAUUAGAUUUUGAAACCUAUUAUGAUUGGAAAGGUAAUUUUAAUAUUGACGCAUUAAAAGAUAAAAUAGCAGAAUAUGGUACACAUAACGUUGUUGCUAUUGUAUCCACCGUCACUUGUAACAGUUCAGGCGGACAACCAGUGUCUAUGAGUAACCUAAAAGAAGUUUACGAGGUAGCCAAUAGACACAAUAUAUUUGUUGUAAUGGAUUCGGCACGUUUCUGUGAGAAUGCAUACUUUAUUAAAAAGCGCGACCCAAUGUAUAAAAAAACCAGUGUAAAGAAAAUUAUACUAGAGAUGUUUAAAUACGCUGAUGGCUUGAUUAUGUCUGCGAAAAAAGAUCCGCUUUUGAAUAACGGGGGCAUGAUUUGUAUUAAAAAUAAUGAAAAAUUGUUCCAAUAUGCCAUGCAACGCUGUAUUCUAAUGGAAGGAUUUAUUACUUAUGGAGGUUUAGCUGGACGUGAUAUGGCUGCAAUGGUAAGGGGACUUGAAGAGGGUACUCAAGAGGAUUACCUUCGUUACCGAAUUGGUCAAGUUGAAUAUCUGGGAGACAGAUUAAGGGAAGGCGGCAUCCCGAUCCAAUAUCCUACUGGCGGUCAUGCAGUCCUCAUUAAUUGUUCGAAGUUAGUGCCACAUAUUCCUGGGCAUCAAUUCCCUGCUCAGGUUGUAGCUAAUGCGCUUUACCUAGAAUCAGGUGUGCGAGGUCUUGAAAUGGGUUCAUUACUGCUUGGUAGAGAUCCAAAAACCAACAAGCAGAAACACUGCAGUAUGGAACUUUUGCGUUUAGCGAUUGCUCGUCGGGUGUAUACUAAUGAUCACAUGGAUUAUAUCGCCGACGCGCUAAUUAGUCUAAAAGAUAAAUUCUUAACAUUGGCCGGUUUGCAUUUUGAUUAUGAACCCCCAGUGUUAAGAUACUUUACGGCAAGAUUGAAACCUAUUAAAACAAUGCAGAAAAUUGUGUAA